AUGUCGAAGGCCGUAAACCAGCAGCAACAGGACUGGGCUGACGACGAGGACCUCGAUGAUCAAGUUGACGCCCUCCCUGCGCAAACGACCACCACGAACAAAGAUGGCACUAAGACGAUCAUAACUUGGAGGUUUAACGAUGAGGGGAAGAAGGUCAAGACAACCCGCCGGAUACGAUUUACCACUCAUAAGGAAGUUGUCAACCCACGCGUCGCAGAGCGGAAAACAUGGAACAAGUUUGGAUUGUCUGCUAAGGAUGGAGCUGGUCCUGCUUCAGAUACCACGAGUGUGGGAGAAAACAUCAUAUUCCGACCAAGCUCAAAUUGGCGAAAGGAUGCGAAGGAGGAAAAGCCAGCAGCUGAUAGCAUGAGAGAGCAAUUGAAGAACAAGUCGGUCAAGUGUCGUAUUUGUGCUGGAGAACAUUUCACAUCGAGAUGUCCAUUCAAAGACACCAUGGCACCAGUCGGCGAAGAGGGUUCAGCAGAUCCGGCAGCAGGUCCAGCGGAUGGGGACGGACCGUCAGCAGCUGGAGGUCUCGGUACAGGAAAGAGCUCAUAUGUUCCUCCACAUAUGCGAAACGGUGGUGCGAGUAGUGCUGGUGACAGAAUGGGUGGUGGCAAGUAUGAGAGAGAUGAUUUAGCAACCCUCCGCGUUACAAACGUUUCCGAAAUGGCUGAAGAGCAAGAACUUCGAGAUAUGUUUGAGCGAUUUGGUCGCGUCACUCGUGUCUUCCUUGCGAAGGACAGAGAGACCGGUAUGGCGAAGGGCUUUGCAUUUAUCAGUUUCCAGGAGCGUACGGAUGCUGCAAAGGCGUGUGAGAAGAUGGAUGGUUAUGGUUUCAAGCACUUGAUUUUAAGAGUUGAGUUUGCCAAGAAGGCUACUUAG